AUGAGGGAAGGCAAUCAGUCAUUUGUAACUGAAUUCAUUCUUUUGGGCUUCUCCAAUCUCCAUGAAUUUCAGGUCAUUCUGUUUAUGAUUUUCCUUCUGAUAUACCUAAUAGCCUUGAUAGGAAACUUCCUCUUAGUGUUGGUCUCCUCAGUGGACCCUGCCCUUCAAACCCCCAUGUACUUUUUCCUCAGGAGUCUGUCCCUUAUAGAUAUUGGCUACACCACUGUCAUCAUUCCCAAAAUGCUCACCAAUUUCCUGUCCAAGAAACAAAGUAUUUCCUUUGGUGGAUGUGCAGCCCAGAUGUAUUUCUCUUUCUUUUUUGGUCCCUCAGCAUGUCUGAUCCUGACAACGAUGGCUUAUGACAGAUAUACAGCCAUCUGUGACCCGCUCCGUUAUUCUGUCAUUAUGAACCGAAGACUGUGUCUGCAGCUAACUCUGGCUUCCUGGCUAGCAGGGAUUGCUGUGGCAACAGUACAGACUACAAUGAUGUUUACACAGCCAUUCUGUGGGUCUAAUGUAAUUAACCAUUUCUUCUGUGAUAGCCCUCCUGUCUUAGACCUGGUGUGCACGGACACCUUUGCGAUUGAGGUAUACAGUGUAACUGGGACUGUGGUCAUCCUGAUGCUCCCCUUUGGAGUGAUCACUGUAUCUUACACCUGCAUCCUCAUCACCAUCCUGAAGAUGUCCUCCUCUGAGGGCCGUCGCAAAGCCUUCUCCACCUGCUCGUCCCACCUCAUUGUGGUCUCACUGUACUUAGGGGCUGCGAGUUCAACCUAUUUCCGAGUCAAAUCCUCCUACUCUCCUGAGAGCAAGAAGCUGCUUUCUCUCUCCUAUACAGUCUUCACUCCCACGCUAAAUCCUCUGAUCUACAGUCUGAGGAAUCAAGAGGUGAAAGGUGCCCUGAAGAGAAUUCUAGGUAAAAAAAUAUUUUCCCAAGAGCUGGGAGGCUCUGAUUUGAGAUGGUGA